AUGGAGAUUCCUCAAUGGGUUCGUGAUAUAAACGAAGAUAAAGGAUAUCACGGUAAUGACAUAAUCGGGUAUCACUAUUAUACAUAUAAACGACCAUUAGCUUUCAUCAACGAAACGAAUAUCGACCAGUUUCCAACACUGAUUUAUAUCAUCGCUCAAAUUCCGACCUACUUUACUGGAAAUAUUAGCAGCCGACAAUCGGUAUCAACGUGGAUAAACGAACUGGAUGAGGUGAAAAUUGUUACACCACAAAAUAUCAACGAGCUAAACGAUCUUCUCCAAAGCACAACAAACUGCACUGAAAAAUUACUUGUCCUCGUCAACAACGAAAAUAUAUGCCCACUACUUUAUUGGAAUAAUAUAGCCAGAACUGUUCAUAUGUAUAGCGGAGUACGACCGGUUUACUUGUCAGCCCCAUUGCCGGCAGCGAUGAGUGUGACACUCUACAAGCGAUUACCACUUCUAGACGAAACAGUUUGUCGACAGAUGUUUCUCGUUCAUCAAUCCAGCUACAGUGUACUUUUUCAGGACUACACACCAAAUGCAGUCCGGGAGUUAAUUGAAAUUCUUUUGCCGAAUGACACUGGGGAAUGUCCGCCGCUGCAAGACACUAUGUGGUAUUCGAUUCUUACUCCACUCACAGAAUUACAAAUGAUCUACUUUUCUGGUGAACACGAUCUCGUGAAGUUGGAGCACAAACAGUCAUAUGUGCUUGUUGGUAUCACUGGUGGUGUGGCUGUAAUUGCAUUAGCAAUUAGUAUUUUUUGGGGUUUGAAUGGCUCCGCCUUUGCGAAUUAA